AUGAUAUUUCCUGACAGCAAAAUGUUGGAGAUACCAGACAACGUAUCAGAGGCUAGCUUCGUAACGAGCGUCGAGGAAGCGAGCCGCGUGGACCAAUGCACGCAGACGCCGCCCUGCGGCAAGGCGCGCCCACGCACGCUGCAAAGGUACCACACAUGCGACCACAUCUUCGAGAGAUCACACAGAAAUUACCGGCUCAAGCACGAAACCCGGCCCAAGAGCCUAGGUCUCACUGAGUCUUACCCGUUCAUAGCGAAGCCGCCGAGUUACGAUUACCCAAAGUUUAAGGUAAGCGUAACGGACAGCCCUACGAUAUCUGUGACGCCGCCGCAUAGUUUAGAAUACGUGUGUACGAAGGGCGGGACGAGUCCGAACGGCAGUGUCACCCCUAACGGCAUGGUGUCCAACAAGUCCGCCGCUACAGUGCUGCUGAGCCCCGGGUACUUGCAGGGUCAUUGUCAAUGUAACCAGUCUAUUAAAAGUGUAAGUGAAGUGGCUCUCACAAUGCCGGUGUCUCCGGGCUGGAACGAGGAGCUGCCGCAGGGUUCCGAAGGUCUCUCAUGGCGAAGGUUGCACAUGUCCCGUGCCAAAUUGAAAGCCACCGCCACCACAUCCGAACUGCUAUCAGGUUUUGCGAUGGUAGCCAUGGUGGAACUCCAGAUAAACGAACCAACGAACGUCCCAGAAUGGUUGUUCGUAAUGUUCGCAGUCUGCACGACUGUGCUCGUAGCUGUGCACAUCUUCGCUCUCAUGAUAUCCACGUACUUGCUGCCCAAUAUCGAUGCAGUGAGUAAGAUGGAGACGCCCAGAGCGCCCGCGAGUGCCCUUAGAGACUCCCCGCAUGAAAGAAUGAGGGGCUUCAUCGAACUUGCCUGGGCUUUUAGUACUGUUUUAGGUCUCUUCCUAUUCCUGGUGGAGAUAGCGAUACUCUGCUGGGUGAAGUUCUGGGACUACUCGUUCGCAGCCGCCACAGCAGCCACGGUCAUCGUUAUACCAGUAUUAAUCGUCUUCGUGGCGUUCGCAAUUCACUUCUAUCAUUCUUUGGUGGUGCAAAAAUGUGAGACUUCGGGCCAAGACAUCGAACAGCUGGAGAGCAUGAAGAGGGACCUCGACACAGCUACCGUUAAAGUUAACAUGUUUUGA